CCUCUUUCUUUUUUAUUUAAAAAAAAAACACUAAUGUCUUCAUCCGUGGACAUUGCAACAGCUACACCCAUCUUGAUUGUAGAUCCUUAUCCCAGUGCAGCCACCAUGACGAGUCAAACGAUGCACAUCUCUUCACCGACGUCCAAGUACGAUAUCAAGACGAGCCAAGCGAGUACCGACUUUAACAGCGACAAGGAAUAUACGAUAUUAUCCAGUGCCGACACGGUAUACUACUACCUGGAGCCACCUACCCUAACGACGACAACAGAAGGGGUGGUGAUAUUUUAUAAUGGCCAUCAAAAAGCAGUAUGGCAACUGACAAACCGAGAUUGGCACGGCAUGACGUUAAUCUAUCAACAUGGAUUUAUGAUGGUGGUUCUAUCCACGACUCCGCCCCAAUUCAGAUUUAGCUUUCAUAAACAAUUUUAUCAUUGGCAGGUCAUUCAUGAUCGUCUCCAAUGCUUUGAGACAGAGUCAAAAAGGUUGAUUGGGGAAUUGGAUGGACAGACGUUUGUGUUGGAUAUGACCACGACAAAUCCGUUCCGCAAAAGUGCCAUUUUGGAGGAUGAUCCUUUUACUACACUUGUCCUCUUGUCAGGACUCUUGGUUCAUCAACAUGUGAAAAAUCUGCGUAAGUCUCUCCGUUCUUCUUCAAAAGGUAUGGAUCCACUCGGGUUCAUCAUGGAUCCACCGCCAGCCACGAUCAACAAAGAACCCACUGUAUUUAAUAACACCAUGUAUAAUAAUGAAGAGGAAGAAGAAGAGGAGGAGGAUAUCGCCAGUCUAUCUUCCACGUAUGUAAAGAAUUACCCGGGACAUCAGAGUCUGGUGGAUGAACGGGGUACACGGUGGUCUUCGGCGGAUUCGUUUAAGAGCAUUGAACUGGAUCCGGGUGUUUGGCAUUGUUGGUGGGGUUAUAGUUUUUGGUGGUCGUGGUUUCCUUGCUGUAUGCCCGGUGGAUGUUGUGAUCGAGCCUGUAUACGAUUGAAAGGACAAAAGCCGGCAAAAGCUAGAAGAACCACACGCACAUUAUCCAAGCAAGGUUGGCAACAGCAACACUAUUAACUCUCUCUAACCUCUUUCUCUCUUUCUCUCUCUCUCUCUCUCUCUUAUUGUUUGUUGUAUACCCCCCACAUAAAAAUCAUGUAUAUUUCAGGGCCUUUUUUUUUCUUUUUUUAAAUAAAAAUUCGAUUUCUGGCUGCUUUUGGAAAAGG